UUCUCUCGCCGAUGUCCUUGGUCGGAAAUCCAUCGGGAUCGCUCACGUUUGCUGCUAGACUACAUCAAGCCGGGGCAGUGGGAUUGCGGCUGAUAGCAUCCGCCUGCUUUGUGUUUGUUUAGCUAUUCAUCAACGUCCAAUCCACGUACUGAUUUUGAAUCUUAGACAACAAGCUCGUGCCCUAUGUUACGCAAUGAACGUGACAGUGACAGAGUGACUUCUCGCAGCUAAAACAAGCUAGCUUAACUUAGCUAACUCUGUGGGCUAAACCGGACAACUUCGGGUUUCCUCUCUCCGGUAGGACUCAAAGACGGAAGUGGACCCGUGUCUGCGUGUUUCCCAGCCCAGCAUUCAACCCCUUGUUUGUACUUCCAAUGGCGUUUGUAACGGCGUUACGAAGACUGGCUCACGUGAGGUCACGAGAGUAUUCGUGGAGGACGGCGGCAGUAACUUCGGGCGCCUGGCUGACAAGUCAGAGGAGCUUCACCAGCGGCUCACCGUCUCUGAGGUCGGACAACAAGGUGACGAUCAACUUCGUCAACAGAGACGGGGAGAAGAUCACUGUGAGGGGGUCGCCCGGAGACUCGCUGCUAGAUAUCGUCAUUAAUGAAGACCUCGACUUUGAUGGCUUUGGGGCGUGCGAGGGAACCCUGGCGUGCUCCACAUGUCAUCUAAUCUUCGACGAGGACACCUAUAAGAGUCUGGGGCCAGUCACAGACGAGGAGAUGGACAUGCUAGACUUAGCCUACGGCCUGACUGACACAUCCCGUCUGGGCUGCCAGAUCUGUCUGACGAAGUCUCUGGAGGGCGUGGUGGCCCGGGUUCCAGAGAGCGUCGCCGACAUCCGACAGAGCAAAGACGAAUCCUCUUAAGCUGCGCCUGAGAACGGCCUCUAUAGACACUGUGGUUAUGCCAGGUUAGAACUGAGGGUGUGUGCACGGGCACGAUGGUGGGUGUAACACUGUCAACACUGCUGGAUCUGCUGGACUGCCACAGUAUUGUUUCCUCCUUCCUCACAGACAUCUAGCGCCAGCUCUCAAUAACCAGGGUGUAAGAAUAUUGAAUUUGGACACAAACAUGAAGACAAAAUCAUUUUUAUUGAAAGUGAAGCUGCACACCAUUAGAGAACUUUGCCGCUCUAGUGUGAGGAAUCAUACGAGUAUUAUGACAUAAUCUCUAAACUAAGACAAACCCAUAUCUUAUUAUAGAUAAUCCCGAUUUAAGGGUGUCUUUUUUAAUCACUUUUAGUCAUCACUAUGGCUGAGACAUGAACAUCAGUCAUUAAUUAACCCUCACACUGCUAUACCUCUAGUUUGUGGCUGUGCCUUUUGAUUAUCUAAGAAAGUUUCCUGUGUUUUCCUUGUAAACAUGACGAUAUUUACACUUGUAUAAAGACGAGAUUCUCUGUGUGUAAGUUCAGUCAUAUUCACUAAAGGAAGAGGUACACAGCUGGUUGCAGCUUACAGUUCUCUACGCCUGAGAGAUUGUGCUGAUGUUGACUCCUCCCACAUUUUAUUUUACUCUACACACAUGUAUCCCCCGACUAUUGUUUGAUCAGAUCCUCCAUGUAACCAUAUACUUCCAUCAUGUGAUUGUACAUAGCUAGAACACACAUGUACAGAGUGAAAAACUAUAAUAAAAAAAAUCACCUUUCUAACGGCGUGUUGAACUGUCAGUUUUUACAUGUUUGUAAUGAAAUAAUAUGCCGUGUCUUCGUCUUCUUGCACAACAUGAUAAAUCCUGUCCUUUUCCUCGGCCAAUUAUCACAAAUGUGAACCAAUAACUACGUCACACGUUGUUUUCUGGUCAUUGUAUUUGCAAAUGCAGGUUUGUUGGGCUUGUUAACGCCGCGUAAAGCAGCAGUCUUGUGGCCUAUUUUAACAAAGCUCCGAGCUGCAUAAAAUAUAAAGCUUAAAAAGCAUCGAGGGAUCAUAUGUACAUAAUAAAAACAUUGAGACAG